AUGACCAUUGGAGGCAUAUCGGUGAAAGUGGAAGAGUGUCACAUUAGGAUAAUGACAAAUAUGGAUAACGAGGAUCCAUAUAUGGGUUUAAGGAUAUUGUCGAAUAUAAGGACACCUUAUUUAGGAAGGUUCCUUACAGAUAGGGAUAAAGACAAAACAUUUAAAAAAGUGGACAAUUUCGAAGACACCAUUCAGAUACAGAUUCUUCAGGAACAGAGAGAAUUUCAUGCAAAUCAAAAUGCUGCAUGGUCUACACGCGUUAUACCGAAUUCGCAGAUGAAUAUGGCGUUUGGGACAAUCGCGGAGAUGGCGAGAUGGGCGAUAAGAGCAUUGCCUCCGGUUAAAGUUUUUAACGGAGAGGAAGCUCAGGAAUGUCCAAUCUGCAUGGAAGAGUUCGAGAAAGGAAUCUUGGUUCAAUCUUUUGGUGUAUGUGCACAUGAAUAUCAUACAUCGUGUCUCAAUUCUUGGUUACUAGGAGGAAAAACUAGUUGUCCGAAAGAUUAG